AUGUUUGGGGUCAGCCGAGCUCACCACAAGCCAGCGGUCAUCCAGUCCAGUCGGUGGCUAGUACCCCACCCUGCGACCCUGGAGGCGAGCCAGACACACCUCCAGGCUCCGGCCGGGCUCCCCCCAAGGCUGUCCGACUUCGGUUCGCGUCAGAACCCGGCCGCUGAUCACCCUGCUCCCACCCAAGUAAACAAGCCCCGCGCGGCAAGUCCCCCGACUUGA